GUCCAUCUUUGCGUAUAAUCCUUUCAAGAUGGCUACCAAAGAAGUUAAGCAAGAGACCGCUGUUGACUAUAGCUUGAACAAUUCUGAAACUAUCAACAAGUACAAGCUUGCUGGUGAACUUUCCCAAAAUGUUUUAAACAAGGUCGUCGACUUAUGUAAAGACGGUGCUAAGGUCUUCGACAUCUGCGUCCGUGGUGACCAACUCUUGGAAGAAGCAGUUAGCAAGGUUGCACGCGGUAAGGACUCUUAUAAGGGUAUUGCUUUCCCUACUGCCGUUUCUCCUAAUGGAGUUGCUGCACACUUAUCUCCCUUGUCUAAUGACCCUGAAGCCAACAUUAUUUUAAAGGCGGGUGAUAUUGUUAAGGUAUUCUUAGGUGCUCACAUUGAUGGUUUCGCAUCUUUAGUUGCUACUACUGUUGUCGUUUCUGAGGAAGCUGUCAUUGGUGAAAAGGCAGACGUGAUUGCUGCUGCUUCUGCUGCCUUGAAGGCUGCCCAACGUACUAUCAAGCCUGGAAAUAAUAACUGGCAAGUCACUGAUAUUGUCGACAAAAUUGCUACUACUUAUGGUUGCAAGCCUGUUUCUGGUAUGCUCACUCACCAACAAGAAAGAGACGUGAUUGAUGGUAAAAAGCAAAUCAUUUUGAAUCCUUCUGAGACCCAACGCGCUCAAUUUGACACUUUUACCUUCCAAGAAGGUGAAGUCUAUGGUGUUGAUAUCCUGAUCUCUUCUUCUCCUAGUGGAAAAAUCAAGCGUUCUGACAUUGCUACCCGUAUUUACAAGAAGACUGAUACCAAAUACAUGUUGAAGCUUCAAGCCAGUCGCAAGGUCUAUUCUGAGAUUCAAAAUAAGUUUGGUGCUUACCCCUUUUCUACCCGUAACAUUACUCAUGAUAGCAGAACAAACAUGGGUUUCAGCGAAUGCACUCAGCACGACCUAUUGUAUCCUUAUGAUGUUUUGACCGACAAGGAGGGUGGCUAUAUUGCUGAGUUUUACUCUACUAUUGCUUUGACCAAGAACGGUACCAUUGUCUUUAGUGAUUCUGAGCCUCGCAACAACAUCCAGUCGGACAAGAAGAUUGAGGACAAGGAAAUCAUCUCCCUUCUCGAGACUCCUUUGAAGACUAGCAGCGCUAGCAAGAAGAAAAAGAACAAUAAAAAGAAGACUACUGGCGAAGGUCAAGCUGCUUAACAAAUAUGAUCAGGACUUAGUAAAGUUUUGAUACUUUUUUAAUUGUAUCAUAAAAAAAUUCGGUCUCUGCUGAUGUAGAGCAUCCCUUGCCAAACCACUGAAAAAGUUUCUUUAUGAUAUGUUUUUACUCAUGUUAAAAAUAAAAUAACUCCUCAUUUUCUUCGAUAGUGCGCUACUGGGAUUACAUCCUACUAACUUCCUUUAUUAUUUUUUCCAUUCUUUGUGAGUGUUUAUCGUAAAUGCUAUUUAGUAAUUCAUUUAUUUUAUACGAAAAUUAUCGUCCC